AUGAUGUCAAUGGAAACAAUCGAAUCAGAAUUGUAAAGUCUCUACAAUAAUAAUCAACAACAAGUAGAAAUGGAGUAAUUGUACAAUCUUUUGAUUUCAAAGAAAUCUUUAUAAUUAUAAGAUCAUAAAUAAAAAGUACAUUCUGUAUGUGGAGCUCAUAUUCCAAAAGGAGAGUUGAGUUUUCAAUGUUUUGAUUGCUCUGGAGACACUCAUCAUAUGAUUUGCGUCAAAUGCUUUGAUAUUAACAAACACAUAAAUCAUAAAUUUGUUCUUAAGGACACUAGUGGAUGUUGUGACUGCGGAGAUAUUAAUUCUCUUAAAUUAGGAAUUUGUGAUCAUCAUCAGGGUCAUGCUCAUAUAAAUAAAGAAGAAAUUCUAUCAUAAAUACCUGAUGAGAUCCAAAAUAAUACUUAAAUGCUUAUUAAAUGUCUCAAUAAUAUCUUAAAUUAGCUAUACCUUGAAAUUCAACCUAAGACUUUCAUCCUUCCAACUUAUGUUAAGAUUUAUGAUAUUGCUGUUAGAUGGAACUUGAAAAAAAUAUAAGAGGCCAUUGGUAUAUAGGACUAUUAUGUAAGCUUUUGCAAAGCACUUUAUUUUCAUCAGCUAUUAAUUAAAUUUAUAUCUUGGUUUAUAGAAGUUGAUCAUAAGAAUAUCUUUUUGAUCACUACUAUUUUAUAACAAAUUGAUACGAAUUCCAAACAAUUAAUAUUGCAAGACAUUUUUGAAAGAUAAUUAGUUUUAGAAUCAUUAGGACCUUAUAAAGGAGAAUAAAUAGUAUAAAUUUUUUAUGCUUUUCAUGCUGACGAUUAAUUUAAAUAGCUAACACACUUAAUUUUUAUGAAUAAUUUUCACAAAUUUCAUAAAUUUUACUAACUAAAUUAAGAUGUCUUCAAUAAGUUAAAAAUUAUACAUGAGAAAUUAGAAAAUUGUGAUAAAGGGAAAAAUGUCGUUACUCUAAAGGCAACAGAAUAUAACGAAUCACAAGAAAUUCUUUCUUUGCAAAAACAUCAAUUAGAAAACGAGAAGAACUUUGUUUAUUUAUACAUAACAUUAUUUAGAGGUCAACAUACACAAUUUUGUCCUUAAGAAACGAUAGAAACCUUUUUAAAUCCUAAAAUUUGUUCUCCUUAUCUACAAAGCCUUAUUUUGAGUCAAUAACUAUAUUUUUAAAAUGUUGAGUAUAGUUAAGAUUUUUCAUAUUUACAUUUAAAUCUAUUAACAUUUAGAAUUGAAAUCAAAUGGUUUAAGUAUGCUAUCAUGAACUCAUUCAAAUAAAUUUUAGAUGAUAAAUUUGAUUCGUUUUAAAUGACAAUCAUUUCCGAAAAGGAUUAUGAGGAUUUUUAAUAAAGGCAAUUUUUCUUAACAUAAUUGCUCCAUUCCUAUAAUAAUGUUAAAAAGGAAACGAGGAGAUUCAAAUUCGAUAAACUUGUUGUUUAAUAAAAUGAUCUAAUUACAGUUGCUAUUCUUAUUAAUUAUAUCUCACUUCAACUUAAGAUAUUUAAUAGUAUGCUUAAAAGCUUGAGAAGUCUGAUGCCCAAACAGAUUGGAAAAAGAAAUCUAUCAAGAAUAAUUUUGUAUCAAUGUUAUUUACAAUUAAUCUAAGACAUGGAAAAUUAUAGAAAUUUUGAAUAAAUUGAUGAUUUCUAUUCAGAUUACAUAAACACUGAGGCCUUUCCAUAAAAGUAGAAAGAAGUAUAUGAUGCAUAUCUGCUAUUAAGUCUAAAACUUUUGAAAAGACCCAUAGUUACAAAUCUAAUUUUUAUUGAAAUGUUAAUUCUUGAGUAUUUUGAUGGUUAAUUUGUUGAUAAAUAAGGAUUUCUAAAACAUUUGAUGUAAGUUCUUAGAAUAGAAUGCUUGAAGGAUUUAAAGAAAUUGUUUAAUUAUUUACUAAUUGAAUGCCUUUAAAAUUUUAUUUCUUUUAAUUUUGAUUCAUAAAAGAAAUUAUAUUUUAAAUAUUCAAAUAUAAAUAACUAACUGGAAUCUAUUGAUCUUGCUUUCAUAAAGUUAUUCCUAUUUUUAUUUUAGCAGGAUGGAUUAUUGAUUUUAGAUGAUGUAUUUUAAAACUUCAGAAUUCCUAUUUAAAUUGUAGCAUCUUAAAUUUAUAAUUCCAUUUUAUUAAACGUAAUAUCAUCAGAUAUAGAUUUUUGGAAUGUUUUAUAAAUGUUAGAAGAAAAAAUAGACUUAUAUCCUGAUUAGCUUAAAUCGACCAUUCAUUAUGCAAUAAUAAAUAUAUUCAAUCAAUCCUCAAGUUUGAGCUAUAAUGAAAUAAAGAAAUACAUAUCAUAAUUAAAAAUAGCAACUAAUUAAUAAAUACAGAAUUUUGUUUAAGAGGUAUGUCAAUUGGACUAGAUAUCUAAAAAAUUUACUCUAAAAAAGGAUGUUCCAUAAUAUUUUGAUCCUAUCUUAUUCUAGAAAAAUACAACAAUUUAAGGAUAAUUCUUAGACAGAUUAAUAGAUCAAAGAAAAUCAUAAGAAUUUAUCACUUAUGGAAAUUACAUUCAAUAUAAAGCUGAUGAGAUCAUCAGGUAAAUUAAUCCAAAUGCAAAUUAAAUAUUUUUUGAUAAGUUUCUCCUACUGGCUAAUAAACCAUUUAUUUAAUAGUUGAUUUAUUAAAUAUAAUAGAAUCAUCAAUAACCCAUAUAAACUUAUCAACUACUAAAUUAUUUGAUUAUUAUUUUAUUUAAAUAAUAAAAUAUGAUUGAUUAAGAGGUAUUUGCAUUAAUACAUUCACUUGCUUAAUAAUAAAAUUCUAAUGAUUAAACCUGUGUAACACAUAUGACUCGAUCAAGCACAUUAUAAUCAUAAAAUACUUAAAUAUUGGUUUCAGAUAAAUGCAAGAUGAAAAAUAAAUAUCUUUAGAAAUAGACUAAAUUUAAUCAAUAAUUAGAUUUCAACGUUCAAUUAGAAAUACCAUAAGAAAAAUAUGAUGAAAACGAUUACUGCUAGUCAUGUAAAUUGAUCUUAACCAACAAUGAUAGAUAUACCCCUAUUUUAAUCUAAACAUUUGCAAAAUAAGACCUAUAUGAGACUAUGCCGACUACAUUAUAAAACCUAUUAAAUGACUCGAAAUUAAAUCUGUUUUAUAUAUCUAGUUGCAAGCAUUAGUUUCAUUUUGAAUGCCUAGUAAACUCAUUUUUAAAUAAAUUCAAUAAAGACUUACCAUUAUGGUUAAUAUCUCAUUGUCCUAUUUGCUAAUAAAGUUGCAAUCUUUUAUUUCCAAAUACUUUACUUGAGGUUCAUUUUGAUUAAUUUAUUUAAGAUGCAUCGGCAACUUUAAUUGAGCUAAAUUUAGAUAAAGAAUUAUUAACAAAACAUCAAGGUAAUGAGGAGCUAAUUGUACCCGAAAUGAUUUAUUAGUUACUUAUUAAUAUUUUGAUCUAAAUGUUAGUGUCAAAAGUUGACUUUUAGAGAUCUGGAAAGAUUUAGAUUUUUUAACAACUUUUAAAAAUUCUAAGGUAUAAUUAUAGCAAUGUAAAAUAUCAGUAAAAGAUACUCAAUUUUAAAGAAGGAUAAAUAUUUAUUUUGGAUAUAAUGCUGAUGAUCGAAAAUUAUGUAAUGUAAGUAAUUAGUAAAAAUGAGUUCUAAUAGGGGGUCUAAAAUAUAUUGUUAUCAUUGCCAAUACAAAAUGAUGACAUAGUUAAAAUAUUUUUUAACUUUUUCGAAAUAGAAUUCAAGGAGAAACUCUUUCAUAGUUAAUAAUAUAAAAUAUCAUCAAAAUGUAUUGCAGAUUUUUAUCAAAUUUAAAAUGAAAUAUCAAAUUAAAUAGCCACACUAUUGGGAAAUAAUUUUGAAAUUUUUCGACUUAGAUAUAUCAAGAACUUAUGCAAAAAGUGUGGCUUUUUUAACUUAAACUUUCAAAAUAGUAAAGAUAUUUCUGUUUGUUUACUUUGUUUGAAAACAUAUUGCUUAGGUUCAUGUAAUAACAAUUAAUCUGGCAACUUGAGUUUACAUGCUGAAGAGGAACACAACGGCCAUUCACUCUAUGUUUGUUUGAGUUCUGGCAAAGUUGUGAUAACAUCUUAUCCAAUAUCAUUAGUUAAUUUUUUCACCUUAUAUUAUAAUAACCUAGGUCAAGAAUUAGAAUAAAUAACUGAUGAUGAUCUAGAUUGGGAUAAAUAUAAAUUAGAUAUGGAUAAAGUAGACUAAAUUUCGAAGAUUAUUUUAUUAAAUUAAUAUUAACAUAUUGUGAGAAAUGCAUUACAUGAUUAACAUAGAUAGAAUAUUAGGAGGAAUUUAUGA